UCCUCUGGGGAAAGGCCAAAAAAGAAAAGGUUGAGGUUUCUUUGGGGCAACAGCGGAAGCGAAUUUUUAAGAGCAGGAGCCGCACAGCGGUCGCCUGUAUCCGCCGCAGAACGCAAUGGCUCAUUUUUCUCUGGAGGUAGCGGCGACCGCCUGAUCGAGCAAGUUAAUGCACAAAUCCACGGAAGAGGAAUUCCUUUAUGUGCACUAGUAGGGCUAUUUAAGGGCCUUCUUCGCGGAGAUGGAGAGGAAAAGUGCACUUUUCAGCUCCGGAUUGGCACCUUCAGAUGGAAUCUGUUGGAAAUAUUGUAGAGGAAAUUGACAGAAGUUGUGGAGAUGAGCAAAGGCUAGAGGGCCCAAGUAUAAAUCAAAAGAGUGAUAUGUAUUCGACUAAAAGGAAGCAAUCUUUGGAAGCUCGAUAUGUUUAUGGGUGUAUAUUCUUGAUAACAAACAUAUUGGCUUGGUUAUUUCGUGACUAUGGCCAUAAACUUCCCCAUCGCUUACUUUCUAAAAGGGUAUGUGGAGCUGAAGGAAAAAACUGUGUUGAUGCUGGAGGAGUUCUUCGAUUGAGCUUGGGAUGUUUUAUAUUUUUCUCAUUCAUGGGUGUCACUACUUGGGGUGUUCACAAGUUGCAAGAAGUUCGGAAUCAAUGGCAUUCUAGUUGGUGGGCAUCAAAAUGUUUGAUUUAUCUUUUGUCAAUAAUGGGCCCGUUCAUCAUCUCAGAAAACAUUAUCCAAUUAUAUGGUGAAAUUGCUCGUAUUGGCGCAGGGAUAUUUCUUCUUUUACAACUCAUUAGUAUGAUUCACUUCCUUUCAUGGUGUGACAGUCAGUGGAUAUCAGAUUUGCAGCCAAACAAAUGUGGCUUGUUUGGACUGUUCUUGUCCACUGUCUUCUACACUGCUUCAUUCUUUGGAAUAAUUAUGAUGUACUAUGUGUAUGCACUGGACUCAACUUGUAUUAUCAACAUAUUCAUCAUCACAUGGACAACUGCAUUGGUUACAGUUAUAAUGAUCGUAUCGCUUCAUUCUAAGGUUAAUGCAGGGCUUUUAUCUUCUGCAAUCAUGGGUUCAUACAUUGUUUUCCUUUGCUGGUCUGCAAUUCAUAGUGAACCUGCUAUGGAGAAAUGUAACAAAAGAAAGAGAACGGACAGAGAUGACAUGACGACUAUACUUAGUUUCUUUAUUGCUAUUGGUGCAAUCGUAAUGGCAACCUUUUCAACUGGGACAGAUUCAAACUCUUUUCAGUUAAAAAAAAAUGAGGUUCAAUCUGCAGAUGAUGCACCUUAUAACUAUGCAACAUUCCACUUCAUAUUCUCAAUGGGAUCUAUGUACUUUGCAAUGUUGUUCAUUAACUGGCAACUAAACCAACCAACCAAAAAAUGGAGCAUUGACGUUGGCUGGGUUAGUACAUGGAUUAAAAUUGCCAAUGAAUGUCUUGCUGCCAGCAUAUACUUGUGGAAACUGAUGUACCCUCUCAUUAUGAAGGGAACAGCCAUAAGUCAUGAAGAAUUUGUGCAGAAUGCAAACAAUUCAGUAUGAUGUGCAACUUCCUGUGCAAUAAGCCAAUUUGAUGACUUGUGUAAGCCAUGGUGAAGGGAUAGGGAUUGGUCCAAGGGUUACACAAAGCAAUCUAAUUCAUUAAAAAAUAUUUGAUGAAUUGUGUGACACGCCAGGUGAUAAGAGUAACUCAAUUUGAACUUUCUCGAUAUUUGAAAAUUAUAAAUGCACCCUGAAAGAAGCCUUGCUGAGAAAAAGAAAUGGCGUGAUAUUACUUGAGUCUCAAGACAAACUCAUUAAUUGGAUGUAAUCUAUAUGAUUUUGAUUUUGAUUUUUUUGGAAUACAUACUUUAAUAAUGAAUUUUAAAUGAUGUCCUUGUAGUUUAUGAUGA